GGGUCUUUAAAUGGGUAUAUCAACAUGGCCAUGAACACAGUUUCCCAGCCUUGUGGGAUGGACAAAACUGGGAGUUUUUUUAAGCUAGUAGAUGCACUUGCAUCAGAACUUGAGCGAUUGGAGCAGGAUAUGGUUUAUACAGCUUCACAGAGAUAUACCAGAGAGCCUGAAGCCUCUCUCCUCCAUGAUGUGGAGGGAGAGGUGAGUGGGGUGUACCUGCAGUACCCUUUGGUAGGGGGGCCAUGUGAGAGUGAAAAUGUAAGCAAACGCAUAAGUGCACAAGAGAGAGUCACUCUUACACACCCCAUCUGGUUACUGCUGUCUGUCACUGAACAGGAGGCUACACGCAUCCUACUGCAGCAACCAGUAGGGGUGUUUUUGGUGAGGAGGUCAUCUGCCCUUCAGAAGAAGGUACUCUCACUUCGUGUAGACAAUACACCAGGAUCUCCUAUCAUCCACUACCCUCUUGAAGAAAGCUUGUUCACAUUCUCUUUGGAAGGCUCGGGAAUCAGUUUUGCAGAUCUUUUUCGUCUUGUGACCUUUUAUUGCAUCAGCAGAGAUAUUCUACCUUUCCCUCUGAGGCUGCCUGAAGCCAUCAACUCAGCAAGAACUCUUUCAGAGCUGGAGGAAGUUGCCAAGCUGGGAGCAGGUUUCUGGGAUGUAGCUCUCUGCAGAAAGUGGGAUACGUUGUCUCAUUCUUGUUUGUUGGUUCAGAACGAGCUUCCUAACUCCCUGCACUGUGAACUAUCGGUAAUAAGGAGACAAAGUCAGACCCUAUCAUCAUGCAGAGCCAGACACAAUCAGCGGUGCACUCCUCUUUCGCUAGCACAUACAUGCUCCAUCAGUGCUGAUGGCAAGAGUAGCUCCAGUGAGGCACUGUGCUUCUUCAAUCCACUUUUUCUUCAGACACACCAACGGCACACGGGAAACAGCAUCAGAGCGGCUAGCAAAGACGUCUCCGAGCCGAACUCAAAAGAAGCCAGUAACAAAUCCCAACCCUCUCCUCCACCCAGGCCCCCUCCUCCUCGCUGUCUGCCUUGUCAUCCAGGUCAGAAGAGAAUAUCCGUGACAGCUGCCUAUGCCAGAACCAAUCAGAGCCCAGCACAGAAACACGAGCCUACAAGCACUAUGGGACCUAAACACAGCAGUCCAAAAAGGUUUCCUGCACCUCCUCCUCCUCAACAAAAGCAGUCAGGCACUGACAGUCACCACUGCGGUAUUGCUCUGGAUGAUCAGAACAUGGCCAGGGCCUUAUACCCAGCCAGCAAUGCUCACAAGGAACCUUCAACUUGUACUGUUACAAACAUCCUUCAGCACUGUAGCGGAAAGGCAGAGUUAAGUCAAGGAUCAAGUGAUCUGAGCACAUUCACCUCCUCCUCUGAUUCCCUGGACUCACCUCCCCACCCUCUCCACUUUGAUCGGUUCCUUAGCCCAGACCAAAGCCUCUCCACAGACAACAGCAGUGAUGAGGAUAAAGAGGAGAAAGAGGCAGAUGACUAUGGGGCAGGACUUCAGAGGGACUUGCAGCUGCGGCUACGUGCCUCACAGAACUCCAGGAAGCUUCUGAUGAUGGAAGACAUGGAGGUGCAUUCAGGAUCACUUCUUAUCCUGCCACGAGCAUUAAAGGGACACUUCCGUAAGGUCAGGGGUGUCCUGGGUGUGCUACCCACCCCUGAGAGACGUGCUCUGCGGCGCAUUGUGGAACUAUCAAGAAACAAAAGCUCUUAUUUUGGCUGCUUGGUACAGGACUAUGUAAGCUUUGUGCAGGAGAACCACAGCUGCCAUAUGUCAGGCCUCGACUUGCUGCAAACCGUCAGACAGUUCAUGACCCAGAUGAAGGCCUAUUUAAUGCAGGCCUCUGAUCUGAAUCCCCCCAUCGAGUCCCUCAUACCUGAAGACCAGAUCGAUGUAGUACUAGAAAGAGCCAUGCACAAGUGUGUACUGAAGCCUCUGCAUGGCUCAGUCUAUGCAGCACUGCACAAGUUCCAGGUAAGCAGUGGUGUAUGGCAGCGGCUACAGGAGAACCUGGCCAUAGCCAAGUCAAAGCAACCGGGAGAGCUGGGAGCAGACACAGUGCGAUCACCAGACCUCCAUGCCAUCAAGCGGAUCCGACUCAAACUCCGCUCCAUGUGCAAGAUGUAUUCACCGGAGAGGAAAAUCAAGGUGCUUCUGCAUGUAUGCAAGCUCAUCUAUACCGACAUGCAGAAUCGCUCAGCAGGCAGGUCGUUUGGGGCUGAUGAUUUUCUACCUAUGCUGACUUAUGUUUUGGCCCAGUGUGAUAUGCCUCAGCUAGACACAGAGGUCCAGUAUAUGAUGGAACUCCUGGACCCCUCUCUACUUCAUGGAGAAGGUGGAUACUAUUUGACAAGUGCAUGUGGAGCCAUGUCUCUGAUUAAGAACUUCCAGGAGGAUCAGGCUGCUUGUGUUCUCAGCUCUGCCACACGCAGUACAUUACACCAGUGGCACCAAAGGCGCACAAUCCAGAGAAACCUUCCUUCUGUGGAUGACUUCCAGAAUUUCCUCCGAGUGGCUCUACAAGAAGCUGACAGUGGUUGCACAGCAAAAACUUUGCAAGUGCACCCCAACAAUACCACAGAGGAGGUCAGUCGCCUCUGUGCCCACAAAUUCCACGUGACUGACCCAGAAAACUAUGCCCUCUUCCUCAUCACAGAUGACUGUAGCCAGCAGCUGGCCCCAGACACAUACCCUCAGUGGAUUAAAGCAGAGUUCCAGAGCCGUCCUCACCCCAAAGCCUUCUAUUUUGUGUAUAGAAGACUGCCAAAUCCCAAUGGCUGUAAACCAUCCCAGUCUCACAACAGCAGCUGCACUGAAGACUGAGCAAUGGUAGUUUGUGGACUGAGCCAGUUAAUAUAUUGUAUGAGCCAUGUUGGGAGCUGCACCAGCAUCAGUGUCCCACUUGCAUUGCUCAGUUCGACAUGAAAGGUUCUGGUGACAACAUCAAGCAAUGGCGAGCAGUAGCGAAAAAAGAGAAAUAUUACUUUCUCUUUUAUUGUUGCACAUGAUAAAUAUAGAUAAUGGAAUGAGAUAUAUUUUAUGUCCUACCAAAUGUUUGCCAUCCUCAAUUAAUGUCACUCAAAAAUUCUUAACAAAAACAUUUGACUAUUUAUCAAAAGCAAAAAUAUCUAAUUAAAAACUAUACUCCCAGGCAAAACAAAACCCAAAAUUAUAUAAUAGUAAGCUUGUAUUGGUCUCAACAACAAAACCUUUUUACACCCAGACAUGUAUUAGCUUUAAUUUUUUAUCAAAACAUUUAUCUCUUUUAAUGAAUUUAUCUUUGUGUACAAGAAGACUAUGUAAGUGAAUUUCUCUGUUUCCAACAUUCCACUGAAGAAUUCACUGCACCAGCAAGUUACUUCUCUGACAAAAGAUUUGUUGUUAGGACCAUUUAAUAUAAUUUGGGGUUUGACCCAUUUUUCCCCCCCAAGAAUUAAUAACAUUUCUAGGAGAAAAUUAAAAAGCUCUUUAACACAAAAUGAAAAAGAAAAAUGAAAAUGAAAAAGCUCUUUUUUGGUGGUGGUGAAGGGAUAAUGAUAGUAGGAGUCUAAGAACAUUCCUUCAUUUUAGGUCCAUGACCCAAACCUUUCCAAUGGAUUUAGGUCAGGAUGUUGGUUCUGUGAUAUGUAAACCAUUUUAAUGAAAUGUAUUGAUGGAAGGCAUAUCCCACUGAGGCUGAUUUUGUUUUAAAAAAUAGACUUUAAAAAAGUUAUUUAUAUCAUCCUUUGAAUCCUAUGAAGGUUCCAAAAGUCCUUUAAAAUCGCUCCAGCAAUAUAACAUAUCUGCUUCUUGCUCAUUGGUCUUACCUGACAAUAGGUUCUAAUUAAAAAUCCAAUGACAUUAAGAUCCAGGAGUCUGUGGUUGUGGUCUGAUGAGAGCAGUCUCCAUAGGACUUCCUGACGUGAGUAUUCAACCAACAACUGCAGUUCUCCCACUGUGGCCCUGGGAGAAUCCCUUUCCUCUCUGUCAUCCUCACUGUGUGACAGGGAAAAAUUCACAUUCUUUUCAAUUUUCUUUUUUUCUCAAUCAUUGCUCUGAUAGUGGAACUCUGUAUUAAUAAGCAUAGAGCUAUUUUUAUACCCAUAACUUUAAUUAUAAAGACCAACAACCAAGUUGUUUCAGUGUUUAUGUAUGUUCUCUGAACUUAACCUUAUUAACAGAUUAGUAAGGAAAUUUGGUGUGUGUACUCAUCAGUAAAACAGAGAAUCACAAAUGAUCGCUUAAGAAAAGCUUAAUACUGAUUUUUCAAGUAAAAUAUUUAAAAUACUAUUUCAAUGAUAAACCUCAAAACCUAUUAUAUUUAAGAUAACUAAGAAGCUUAACAUGAUUUUAAUAUAGUUUUGUGAAAUGGUUGAUUUUAGAAUUACAGAUGGGGCCAAAAACAUCCACAAGACAUAAUUCCAGGACAUAAUAUAAAGAUGCAUUUGACAAAAAAUAACCUAAAACAUUUUAAACUACUCUAAAUGUCUUCUUUUAAGUAAAACUUUCAAUUAAAUUAAGUAAUUUGUAAUUCCUAAUCAGUGUGACUCACAUGGCAAAUAUUAAUUUAUUAAAGAUUUUUCUUCCUAUGUACCAAUUUAGCAUACUUCAGUUGAAGAAUUAUUAUAAAAUCCCAGAAUUAUUAUAAAAAUAACAUCAAGCUAGUAGCCAAUAAUAUUUUUAAUAAUACUUAUCAAAGUUUCAAACAAUGUGAAGGAUAAUGUGAUCCAGGAAACAUUCCAGGAAGAGUAAAUUGCUUUGGGACAACAGAUUAAGUAGAAAUGGGACUAAUAGCUGUGAUGUUGAUUUGUUAUACAUACAUAUAUAAACAUAAAAAUAUUACAUGUAUGUAACACUACAUUAAACCUAUUUUAAUAUUAUUGUACACACAGUAGGACAAUGUAUUGAUGCAGAUGAUUCUAUGCUCGUAAAUAAAUGGAUUUGUCAAGACGUUGA